CUUUUGUCCAGAAGAACAGAAAGUAAAAACACACCAUUCAACUAAAGACAGAAGCUUUGUGAUAAAGUUCGGCUUAAGCAUUUCAAAGUAGAAGAGCAUUAAUUCUCUUGACUUUUCUCUAGCAUCUGUUCAUCUUCAAGAUGCUAAGCAGUCUUUGAAAACUUGAAGGUUUGGUAGGAUCUGUUGGAUGCUAUAAAAAAAAAAAAAAAGAGAAUCUUAAGAUAUGGAAGAUGAUGGUGGCAGUGAUGGAGGGGAAGGAAAUGGUGGGUUUUCACCUAAUUCUAGCUUUGGUGAAUUCCCUGAGAUGGCCAUGGAUUUGGAUUUCAUGGACGAGCUCUUGUUUGAUGGCUGUUGGCUAGAGACAACAGAUACUAACGCUAUGAGUGACAAUACUCCAUCUCAAGAAAACUUCUCUAAUGAAGAAAUUACAGAGAGAACGGUGAAUCAAGAACCUCUGAACCAGGUUGCAUUACCAAGUUCUGAGCAAGCAGAAAAGUUUCUACAAGAGGAAGCUGAGGUGGGAAGAAGUUGGUGGAUUGCCCCAAGUGGAAGUGAAGGCCCUUCUUCGUCUGUCAAGGAGAGACUAUUAAGAGCUAUAAGCGGUCUCGAUGAGGCGGUGCCGGAUAAGGACUUCCUUGUGCAGAUAUGGGUGCCAUUUCAGCAGGAAGGAAAGAACUUUCUAACCACUUUGGCUCAGCCACAUUUAUUCAACCAACAAUACUCCAGCCUUGCAAAAUACAGACAUGUUUCAGAGACUUAUAAUUUCCCAGCUGAUGAAGGCUCGACUGAAGUAGGUCUCCCCGGUCGUGUUUUCCUGCAGAAAUUGCCCGAGUGGACUCCUGAUGUACGUUUCUUUAGAAGUGAAGAGUAUCCGCGAAUCAAAGAAGCACAAAAGUGUGAUGUUCGUGGAUCGCUUGCUGUUCCUGUGUUCGAAAGAGGUAGUGGGACUUGUUUGGGUGUUGUUGAGAUCAUCACAACAACUCAGAAGAUGAAUUACCGGCCAGAACUUGAGAAUAUCUGUAAAGCUCUUGAGGCUGUUGAUCUAAGGAGUUCAAGUAACUUGAAAACUCCAAGCACUGAGUUUCUGCAGGUCUAUAGUGAUUUCUACUGCGCUGCAUUACCUGAGAUAUCAGAUUUCUUGGCCUCAGUCUGCAGAUCAUAUGAUUUGCCUCUAGCUUUGUCAUGGGCCCCGUGUAAUCGGCAGGGGAAAGGUGGAUCCCGACAUUCUGAUGAGAACUUUUCUCAGUGCGUUUCGACAAUAGAUUCUGCUUGCUUUGUCCUGGAUGAAGAGAGCAAAUGUUUUCUGGAGGCAUGUUCUGAAUAUCAUCUCCUCCAAGGGGAAGGCAUGGUUGGGAAAGCAUUCGAGGAAACCAAACUGUUUUUCGUGCCUGAAGUCACCAUAUUUAGCAAGACCAACUACGCUCUUGCGCACCACGCUAAAAUAUCUGGACUACACGCUGCUUUAGCAGUCCCGUUAAAGGGCAAAAGUAAUGGUCUGGUCGAGUUUGUGUUGGAGUUCUUCUUUCCAAAAACCUGCAUUGACACUGAAGCAAAACAGGAGAUGCUCAAGUCACUGUCUAGGACUCUGCACCAGGAUUUCAGGAGUUCAAAUCUUGUCAUUGACAAAGAUUUAGAGUUAGAAGUCGUAUUGCCUGAUAGAGAGGGCAUGGUUUGCUCAAAGAACCCACUAACUGGAGCAGAAACCGAAGAGUCUUUGCGAGAAGUUCAUAUGCAAGAGUCCUCUACGAUCUCCCAAAUGAUAAAGGCUAACGAGAAGGGUAAAGAUGUGUCACUUUCGUUGGAAUACCAGAAUGAAGAUCCAAAAGAUGCAUCUAAGCUCUCAUCUGGCUGGGAUAACAGUCAGCUUGAUCCAGUCCUCAGCAAUGUUCCUUCAGAAGCUGAGCAGCUUCAACAUGCAUCAACUUCAGGAGGACUCAAAGUUGACGCUGGUCCAAGUACCGAACCAGCUUUGACUGGUGGUGGAAAUAUGUUAGGGAGUAGAAGACCAGGGGAAAAGAGAAGAUCAAAAACAGAAAAGGUCAUUGGCUUGGAGGUUCUUCAACAAUACUUUGCUGGAAGCCUCAAGGAUGCAGCCAAGAGCAUUGGUGUUUGUCCAACUACCUUGAAAAGGAUAUGCAGGCACCACGGAAUAAUGAGAUGGCCCUCCCGGAAAAUCAAGAAGGUUGGGCAUUCGUUAAAGAAACUGCAAGUCGUUAUGGACUCAGUUCAAGGUGCACAGGGCUCUAUUCCACUCGAUUCAUUCUAUACAAGUUUCCCAGCGUUGAGCUCCCCAAAUAUGUCCAGUAAUGGUCCUUCCUUGAAAAGUAAGGAACAGUUACAGCAGUUGAAUGCUCCAACGUCAGAGGACAAACCAGCACCAAGGUCACCAUCAUCUUCUUGCUCUGGUUCAAGCACCAAUAGUGGAAACACACUGCAGGUUACUGAGGAUGCUGAUGCGGUCUUGAAGAAUGCUCACAGCGAGAUGGCACUGCAUAAUGGGACUCAGGAGGAAACAACAUGUCUCGCCAGAAGCCAGAGCCAAAAAAUAUUCAAGGAGCCUCCUCUUCUUGAAAAUUUACCAGGCAGUAGUAAAAAUAAGAGGUUUAGAGCUGGAGGGGCCAUUAAAGUGAAAGCGACAUUUGGUGAGGCCAGAAUACGGUUUACCUUACCUCCUAGCUGGGGCUACAGAGAGCUAGAGCAAGAGAUUGCUAGGCGUUUCAGCAUAGACGAUGUUUCCUGGUUUGAUCUAAAGUACUUGGAUGAUGAUAAGGAGUUGGUUCUUCUGACAUGUGAAGGGGAUCUCGAGGAAUGUAUUGACAUACAUAGAUCAUCACAGAGCCAAACAAUUAAAAUAAGUCUGCACGACGCUUUUCAAGUCAAACUGGGAAGUUCUUUUGGUAGCACUGGUGCAUCCUGA